AUGAUGGAGUUCACUACCCUGUCCGCGGCUGAUUUUGCCGACCUGUAUUCUGUGAUCCCUUUCAAUGCCACAUUGUCUGAGGAUUCUACAGGGCUGCCAUCAAGAGGCAAUGACACCGAGAAGGGUUCUUCGAAGGACACCAAAAGUAUUAUAAUUGCAGUAUCUAUAACGGCUCUUUACUCUAUUAUAUGCGUUGUUGGACUGCUUGGAAACAUCCUCGUUAUGUAUGGAGUAGUGAGGUAAGAAAGCCUAUCUACUGUAGCUCUUUUGGGGACCCUAAUGGAAAUAAUGGAUACAAGCAGUCUUAAAAUGUCAGUUUUUUACUGUAAAGUGAUAUAAUUUUUUUGUUGAAUAUCACCACAAGUAAACUGAUAUAGUUUUAUUAUAUGAUUAGAGGCAUUUGCAUCCUCCAGCUAACUCACAUGAUUUGGGAUAGCUAUAUAGGGCCACAGGUUCAUAGUGAGAGAUGGAGACAACCAACCCUCCCCACUCAUGCCUUACCAUCCACCAAGCUCUAGCAUCAAGCAGGUAAAUUGCAGUAGUGGAAAAAGUACUCAAUUGUCAUAUUUGAAUAAAAGCAAAGAUACCUUAAUAGAAAAUGACUUAAUUAAAAGUGAAAGUUGCCCAGUAAAUACUACUUGAGUAAAAGCCUAAAAGUAUCAGUUUUUACAUUUACUUAAGUACAGUGCUGGAAAGAUUACUCAAUUGCCACACUUGAGUAAAAGUAAAAAGUAAAAGUAAAUGCGAUACAUCAAAUUCCUUAUAUUAAGCAAACCAGAUGGCACAAUUUACUUGUUAUUAAAAUGUAUGGACAGCCAGGGGCACACUCCAACACUCAGACAUAAUUUACAAGCACAGUAUUUGAGUUUAGUGAGUCCACCAGAUCAGAGGCAGUUGGGAUGACAAUGCGUUAUAUGAAUAGUUGUGUGAAUUGGACCAUAUUGCUGUCCUACCUGAGCAUUCGAGUACCUUUGGCUGUCAGGGAAAAUGUAUGGGAAUAAAAUAAAAUAAAUGUAUGGGAGUAAAAUUAAAAUUUGUCAAAAAUAUAAAUAGUAAGGUACAGAUACCCCCAAAAACGACUUAAGUAGUACCUUAAAGUAGUUUUACUUAAUUACUUUACAACACUGUUAAAUUGUAUAGUGCUACCUGGCUGUAAGUGACACAAAGACAUGUAGGAACGAUUUAAAUGAAUUCCAUUUACAUAAAACAUUUAUAUAACAAAUUCACAAGCAAAAAUUGUCAAUGUCUUGUCAAUGUCAUCAUAAAAUGUUUAAUACAUUAUGUUUAAUACAUUAUAAUGUAGCCAACUGAACUUUUGUUGCUUUUAUGUGAUGCUUAUUACAUGAUUGGCUGUGUUAUGUACUUUAAGUGUGUGUAAGAAGAUAUUGUGAAUUGUUGCAGAAUAUUAUGUCAUGUUGCAAAUUGUGAACUGUGAUUUUUUGGCCUUAAAGAUACAGUAGCCUAUGAACCUGGUACUGUACUCUCUAUAGAACUCAGCUUUGAUUUGAAGUAUUGACUUCUCUUCUGGCUGCACCAGGGCCUUGAAUAAACAGUACCAUUAUAUAUGAAAUUAUGAUGUCAUUUCCUGUGGAAAGUCGAAGUGGAGUAACUAAGAAGAUGUUAAGUUGGGUGCGUUGGUGUGACAGAUAUCACACCGUGUUCAUUAGAUAAUUUGGAAGCACUUCCCCCUCAUCAGAAAUCUGACUCAUCAAACUAAUUUCAAAGGAGCUCUGACUGACAACUAUCAAUUGCAAAUGUUAAUCUGUCAUUUAAUCCAUGCUAAACUCAGAAAAGUGUCAAUACUGCAUUUUAAUGGUGACUCACUCAAUGUCACUCACUUUGAUCCACUUUCCUUCAUUAACAUUACAGUGAGGGGAGUAUAAUGGGUGGGAUCUGCCUGCCUGGGGAACCAGAUGCAUGUACUCUAAGCAAUGUCUCUCUCUGAAGGUUGGACUCAAUAUGAUAACCAAUUAGCUGAUGCUUUCAGGUGAAGCCAGACAGAACACAAUACAUUAAACAAAGACCAAAAAUCUCCAUAGAGCUAAACUGGCAAGGCCUCAAGCACAGCAUACAGUAUUAAAGCUCCAUAUUGAAACUCCAUAAUAAUACAUUCUCAGUGCAAAUACAACACAGUCAUCAACAGUAGAUUGAAAAGGCUAAAUCAAGGUCUCACGCUAAGUGUAUCUGUAAUGAAUGCAUUAGCACAGUAAGAGAGGAUUGGCAGUUUUUAUUGUUCUUUGAACCAGACUCACGACCACACAAGAGAGUGCUCUAUUAUCCAAUAUCUGGGUCAAUUACUCCUCAGUGCAAUAUAGAUACCUUGCCUUCUGAGACCCUGGAUCUACAGUAUUUGCCAAGCUAAUAAACAACAUUGCCCUCUCUCUGUCCAGAUACACCAAAAUGAAGACAGCCACUAACAUCUACAUCUUCAACUUGGCCCUGGCCGAUGCUUUGGCUACCAGCACUCUGCCCUUCCAGAGUGCCAAGUACCUGAUGAACACCUGGCUCUUCGGCGAGUUUCUGUGUAAAGUGAUCCUCGCCAUCGACUACUACAACAUGUUCACCCUGACCAUGAUGAGCGUGGACCGCUACAUCGCUGUGUGCCACCCGGUCAGGGCCCUGGACUUUAGAACACCCGCCAAGGCCAAGAUGAUCAACGUGUGCAUCUGGAUCCUCUCCUCUGCCAUCGGAGUGCCCAUCAUGGUCAUGGCGGUUACCAAGGUGACAGACAAAGGUGAGCAGUCCAUAUGAGCUGUACCGUAUGUGCUCCAGACACCAACAUCCACAUAUCCAUAUGCUAACCAUUUGAUUGUUUAUCCCUCAGGCAAUACAGGGUGCAUGCUGCAGUUCCCUCAGCCAGACUGGUACUGGGACGCGGUGACUAAGAUCUGCGUGUUCAUCUUUGCCUUCGUGGUGCCAGUCCUGGUUAUCACCAUCUGCUACGGCCUGAUGAUUCUCCGCCUGAAGAGUGUCCGUCUGCUCUCCGGCUCCAAGGAGAAAGAUCGGAAUAUGCGGCGCAUUACCCGCAUGGUCCUGGUGGUGGUGGCGGCAUUCAUAAUUUGCUGGACGCCCAUCCACAUCUUUAUCAUCCUCAGGACCAUGGUGCAGAUCAACAGCAUGAACCCCUACGUAAUCGCCAGCUGGCACCUGUGCAUUGCGCUGGGCUACAUGAACAGCAGCCUCAACCCCCUGCUUUACGCCUUCCUAGACGAGAACUUCAAGAGGUGCUUCAGGGAUUUCUGCCUGCCUUUCCGCUCCAACAUGGACCAGAGCAGCUUCUCCAGAGCCCGCAACUCCACGCGAGAGCCCACCACCGUGUGUGCUCCGAGAGAGUUGGUGAGGAAGCCUGUAUGA